GCUUCCCCGUCGCUCCCUCUAGUGCCCCUGUCCCCGAUCGUACCUCGCCGUCACCGCAUGACGCGCCUCGACGUCAGUCCCGGCGCAUACUACGCACAAUCCGAUGGCUUCCCUUCAUCACGCACCCUCACAUGCCCCGCUUGCCGACCCGACGCGUACACGCUGCUACCGACCGCCCGCCGAGCCACCCUUCGGACGAGCUUGGCGCCGGCGGGAGGGUUGAUCCGCUCGCCUCGGCGGCACACGCUCACGACGCCGCCGAGCAGCUGUGCCGCAGAUGGCCAACGCUGCAAUGAUGCCUUUCCGAGGGGCUCCGAAGGCGGGGUCUGUGCUGGUCAGGAACGCCGGGCUACUAGUGCCAUUGGUCGCGACGCUUCUCGACGUCCGAUUGACAAUUGCGUCCACGAUGGGAGUCGAUCGGGGCGUGGGGCUGUGCGGGACCCACGACAGGGACGAGGAUCAUUUCAUGUAUGUAUGUAAUCAGUCCAUGUAUAAUGUCGAUGACGUAUUUCAACGACCUGCGGUGGGUAUAUGGACGCUCGACGGGUCACAAAUCGAGCGAUACAUGUGUCUUCUUCCUGUCAUAUAUGAGCGUAUGGCAUGUGGCUGGAACAACAGCCGUACAACAGCCGCAUGCCAAAUACGUCGGCCGACGUCCUGUGACUGUUCGCUCGUGUGCAACGCCCCUCUCGUCCUGACGUUGGAAUGCAGCAGGAACCCUCCAGAAAGCCUUCGGCGACGUGCCACUAUGCGCGCAUGACGCUAAUAAGCUUAAGCGUUGGCAGGACGCUUGCACGCGCAGCCGAGGCAGCGAAAUUUCAUGUUCAAAUGAUCUAGGU